AUGGAUGGGGUGAUAUCAGUGUUUCAUAGCCACCCAACCAUAUCGAGGCUUCACACGACAAGAUCGUGGGAUUUUAUUAACUUACUCGAAGGACUUGGAGAUCCUAACCCUCCAAAUGCGGAAGAUUUAUUGCGUAAAGCAAAUUACGGGAAGGAUGUUGUCGUUGGUGUUUUGGACAGUGGAGUAUGGCCAGAGUCUGAAAGUUUCUACGAUAAUGGAAUGGAUCCUAUUCCCCAGUCAUGGAAAGGAAUUUGCGAGAGUGGCGUUGCUUUUAAUUCAUCUCAUUGUAACAGAAAAUUAAUUGGAGCUCGCUACUAUUUGAAAAGUUACGAGGCUUAUUAUGGUCCGCUCAACACUAGUCUAGACUUCCGAUCGCCAAGGGAUAUAAAUGGUCAUGGAACUCACACAUCAUCGACCAUUGGAGGCCGAAGAGUUCCUAACGCUUCCGCUAUUGGCGGACUAGGCAGUGGCACGGCCUCUGGUGGCGCCCCCCUAGUGCGCUUAGCCAUCUAUAAAGUAUGUUGGCCGGUCCCGGGCCAGACUCCAGCAGAAGGAAACACGUGCCUAGAUGAUGAUAUGCUUGCUGCAUUUGAUGAUGCCAUCGCAGAUGGUGUUAACGUUAUCAGUGUUUCCAUCGGUGGGAAUACUAGCAGGCCGUACACACAAGAUGGGAUUGCAAUCGGGGCAUUGCAUGCAAUGAAACGAAAUAUUGUAGUAGCAUGUAGUGCAGGGAAUUCAGGACCUAGGUCGUAUUCUGUGUCGAAUGUAGCCCCUUGGAUCAUUACGGUCGGUGCAAGUAGCAUUGAUCGUGUCUUUUCUUCUCCGAUUGUGAUUGGAAAUGACAUGAUAAUCGAGGGACAAUCAGUAACUCCUUUUACGAAUAGGACGUACCCCCUUGUAUAUGCUGCAGAUGUAGAACUUCCAGGGACAACUACCAAUCUCACAAACGGAUUAUGCCUACCCGGUACUCUUUCGCCAGCAUUAGUAAGGGGGAAAGCUGUUUUCUGCUGGACGGGCGAUCUUUUUCAGUCAUUAGAAGUGCAAAGAGCAGGCGGUAUAGCAACUGUGCUAGGAAAUAGCUACCAGGGACAAGGAGUACUGGGUAGGCCGUAUUUGAUACCGGCAACAGUUGUUUAUUCUGAUAAAAUCAACAUCUACAAUUACAUUGAAACUAAUCAGAAUCCAAAUGUCACGUUGAUUCAACCGAAGACCCUAAUAGGCAGUAAACCAGCUCCAUUCAUGGCUCCUUUUACCUCGAGGGGUCCCAAUUUCAUCGAACCUAACAUUCUAAAGCCAGAUAUCACUGCUCCAGGACUAAAUAUACUUGCAGCUUGGAGUGAAGCGUCUUCUCCCCUAAACGUGCCUGCUGAUAAUCGAGUUGUUAAAUACCAUAUUGAUUCCGGGACAUCCAUGUCUUGCCCUCACGUUGCAGCCGUAGCUGCACUUCUAAAGGCCAUACAUCCUGAUUGGAGUAGUGCUGCUAUAAGAUCAGCUGUCAUGACCACGGAUGGUCAAGAAACCAAAUAA